UCGUCUGCAAAACAUUUUAUGGACAUAAUAAUAAUCGUUUGCAAAACAUUUAAUCCGUAUUUGUUAGGAGUAAAAUUUUGUUUUGGGUUUCUAGUCAUUUGCAAAUAAAAAAAAUGGAGCAAAUCGGAAAAUUUUUUAAAAAAUGUACCUUGUCUCGUCUUGUUGAGUUGUUGGGAAAUUGUGCACAUUGUUAGACAAAAUGUGAAGAUGGUUGCACUUUGGGAGCCAGCAAGCUGUUUAGGAAUACACCCCUUCCCUUCCAAGCGUAUUUAGCCACUGCGCUGCCAUUGACGCCUUGAUUUUGGAGUUCGUAGAUGCGAAAAUGAUGGCUGGAAUUUCUCGCAUGUCGACACUCGUUCGCUGCCGCAAUCUUUCUCUUUGCCGCUCAGCCUCAGCUCACAUGCCACCCGGAUGUUCCCGAGCGGUGUGUACUGAAGCAUCAAGUGUAGCUGCUCACCUAAAUAGAUCAGGGUUGCUGAAAAGUCAGGCCCUUAUUGGAGGGAAAUGGGUUGAUGCCAAUGAUGGAAAGACCAUAAAGGUUUACAACCCUGCAACAGGGGAGGCAAUUACUGAAGUCCCUUUCAUGGGACGGAAAGAGACUAAUGAUGCAAUCACUUCAGCAUUCGAUGCAUUUUGUUCAUGGAGCAAAUUUACUGCUGCUGAAAGGAGCAAAUGCUUACGAAAAUGGUUUGAUCUGUUAAUGAUUCACAAGGAUGAGCUUGGUCAACUUAUGACACUAGAGCAAGGAAAACCUUUAAAAGAGGCCAUCGGUGAGGUUACUUAUGGAGCUAGUUUCAUUGAGUUUUUCGCAGAAGAGGCUAAACGUGUGUAUGGUGAUAUAAUUCCAGCAACGUUACCAGAUCGUCGCUUGUUUGUUUUAAAGCAGCCUGUAGGUGUUGUUGGUGCAGUUACACCCUGGAAUUUCCCAUUGGCUAUGAUCACUCGAAAGGCUGGUCCUGCUCUUGCAUGUGGUUGUACAGUGGUCAUAAAACCCUCUGAGCUUACACCUUUGACUGCCUUAGCAGCAGCUGAGCUGUCUUUGCAAGCUGGAAUACCACCGGGCGUGAUAAAUGUUAUAAUGGGAAAUGCUGCUGAUAUUGGGGAUGCAUUGCUUGCAAGCCCACAGGUAAGGAAGAUAACAUUUACAGGCUCAACAGAUGUUGGAAAGAAAUUGAUGGCGGGUUCUGCUGACACAGUUAAAAAGGUAUCUCUUGAGCUUGGGGGUAAUGCACCUUGCAUAAUCUUUGAUGAUGCUGACCUUGAUGUAGCCUUGAGAGGAACUUUGGCAACAAAAUUUCGUAACAGUGGACAAACAUGUGUCUGUGCAAACAGAGUACUUGUUCAAGAAGGGAUUUAUGACAAAUUUGCUGAAGUCUUUUCAUAUGCUGUCCAAAACAUGAAAGUUGGAGAUGGUUUUGGCGAAGGUGUUGUGCAGGGCCCUCUAAUUAAUGAACAAGCAGUACAGAAGGUUGAAAAAUUUGUACUGGAAGCCAUUUCUAAGGGAGCUAAAGUCCUAGUCGGGGGCAAGAGACAUAGUCUUGGCAUGACAUUCUAUCAGCCUACUGUGAUUAGUGAUGUCAAAAGUGAGAUGCUUCUAUCAAGGGAGGAAACAUUCGGGCCAGUUGCACCUCUUUUAAAGUUCAAAACUGAGGACGAGGCUAUCCAAAUGGCAAAUGACACCAAUGCAGGUCUAGCUGCCUAUUUAUUCACGACAAACAUUCAACGAUCUUGGCGAGUCACGGAAGCUCUUGAAUAUGGAAUAGUUGGAGUUAAUGAAGGGCUAGUUUCAACUGAGGUGGCUCCGUUUGGUGGCAUGAAACAAUCGGGUCUUGGCCGAGAAGGCUCAAAGUAUGGGAUGGAUGAAUACCUUGAAAUGAAAUAUGUGUGUAUGGGAAACAUGAACUCCUAAAACCCUGAGGCUUCAGUUUGCAAUGCGCCCUAGUGUUAUGCACAUUCUCAAGGCCUUCGUAAUAAGCUUGAUGCCGUGGUUUAAGGUGAGAGUUCUCUCAAACACAGGUUAUAAUUUUACUCAAGUGAACUGUUGAGGUGAGUUAAGUUUCUGAUCUCGAUGAGGUUACAGAGUUUUUUGCAUUUUUUUUUUGUUUUUUUGUUUUUAAAUGUGUGACGAAAUGCAAUAACAACAAACCCAGUAAAAUCUCAUACCCCACAAUGGGUCUGUGGAGGGUGGGGUAUGACCUCAAUAGGAAAUAAAAAUUGUUUUAAGGGAUCCUACUUUUAGUUCAAAUAAAAAAAACCAGAAGAAAAAUAAACAGGAAAUAAAUGAGGAAAAAGGUACAGAAAGGUUGCAUAAAUACUGUGGACACAUAAGUGUACCUUAUACUCCGUAAUUUAAUAUUUUUUUUCUGGAUUUAGUUGUCUAAUGU